UGUGCGUUGUUGUCAAAUGACGGCAGUCUGAUACUAGUAUGGAGUGAGAUUAUUAUAGUUGGCCAGACGGUAGGGAUUCAAUAUAGUGUGCACAACACCGAAACAAUAAGGAACCCGCUGAUCAAUUCAAAUGGACAAAAAUACACGCAAAGUACGGAAUCAAGACAUUAACCCAUGCAUUGAAGAAAGCGAUGGAUCGCAGAAGUGCAUGGACGUCAACAACUAUGAUAAGAGUAUGUGUACUGUAUACUUCCUGAGAUAUAAAAACUGCAGGAAAUACUGGCACAACAUCAUGAUAGAAAGAAGACAUGGUGGCGUGAAACCGGACAUGCCAACUGCUGAGGAACGACAGCAGAUCUUGACUUCGAUUGGGGGAAAGCCUUACUGACACAUGAUAAAGGCAACACAGGGAUGUGUUUGACAGUUUGUGGCAUGCUCUUAUGGAUGGAAACUGUCACGCUCCUGCCUUUCACCACACCUCAAUACCAGUGCCACAUAGAGGCGAGGCAGCCAUCGUGGAACAUGUACCAAGCAUCAUACCUCAAAGCAGCUUUUAAGUUAUUCUUGAUGCUCAAUGACUCAAUACAACGUUAGUCAAGCAAGUCUAGUUUCUUCUGGAAAGUUUCGGAAAAAAUCUGGCCAGAUUUUUUAACUGGUACCCUGACAAAAUAACUUAAGCUACAUUUACUUUGACCAUAAUACAUGUCAUAUGAAAAUAAAGACAAUGUAUAAGAA